CGCCAUGCCGCGCGGCCGGGAACGCCAGUCAGCUGUCCACGCGGCCGCUCCAGCUGUCCGCCUCGCUCUCCGUGUCAUGUGGUCGCACCUGCUGCUGUUGGUGGCUCUGCUGGCCGUCCUGCCGGCCCCCGGCCAAGCCGUGCAGACCUUCUCAGCAUCUCCCAGCUUCGCGAUCGACUACGCCACCGGCACGUUCGUGCGAGACGGCGUGCCCUUCCGCUACGUGGCCGGCACGGUGCACUACUUCCGCGUGCCGCGUGCUUACUGGGCCGACCGACUGCGACGGCUGCGCGCCAUGGGUGCAAACGUCGUCCAGACCUACGUGGAGUGGAACAGCCAUGAGCCCGAACCGGAGGAGUACAGGUUCACAGGCGAGCAGGACCUGGAGGCGUUCGUGCUUGAGGCGCAGCGGCAGGACCUGUUGGUGAUAUUGCGCACCGGUCCCUACAUGGACGCCGAGCGGGAGCUGGGCGGACUGCCCUACUGGCUGCUCAGCGAGGACCCGCAAAUGGCGCUGCGCACCAGCGACCAAGGCUUCCUGCGCCGGGUCGACCGCUGGUUCGGCGUGCUGCUGCCCAAGCUGAAGCCACUGCUGUAUGAAAACGGUGGUCCCAUCAUCAUGGUUCAGGUGGAGAACGAGUACGGCAGCUACAAGGCGUGCGACUUCGUGUAUCUGCAGCAUCUGCACGAGCUGUUGCGCGACCACCUGGGCAACAGCACCGUGCUCUUCACUACGGACGGGAACAGCCAGGCCAACCUGCACUGCGGCAAGAUCCCGGGCGUGUACGCCACCGUCGACUUCGGUCCGGGCACCAACGUGACGGCGGCGUUCGCGACGCAGCGGCUGUUUGAGCCGCGCGGCCCGCUCGUCAACUCCGAGUACUACCCCGGCUGGCUCGACCACUGGGGGUACCCACACUCCACGCGCGCCACCGACGCCGUCGUGCAUACACUCACCGAGAUGCUCGAGGCGGGCGCAAACGUGAACGUGUACGUUGCGCACGGCGGCACGUCCUUCGGUUUCAGCGCCGGGGCCGAUUUGCCCGAGAACUACCGCCCGUGCCCCACCUCCUACGACUACGACGCGCCGAUCGCCGAGAACGGCUACCUCACCGACAAGUUCUUCGCCAUGCGCAACGCGUCGCUGCCAUUCGUGGCGGGCGCGGCGCCGCCGCCGCCGCCGCCGCAGCCAACAGUGCGCGCCUACGGUGCGGUGCCGCUCACCGCGUCGGCCGGGCUGCUGGCGACAGCACUCCGCACCGGCCCCGCACCCGUCCCCUCUGACGACGCGCUCACCUUUGAGCAGCUGCGCCAGGCGUACGGCUUCGUGCUGUACUCGCACACGGUGGCGGGCGUGCACUCGGACCCGGUGCUGCUCAACGUGACGGGCUUGCGCGAUCGCGGCUAUGUGUUUGUGAACGGGCGGCCGGCAGGCACGCUCAGCCGCUCCGAGGACAUCUACCAGAUGCCCGUCACCGUCGCCAACGGCAGCCGACUGCAACUGCUGGUCGAGAACCAGGGCCGCAUCUGCUUCGGCAACUUCAUGAAUGACAUCAAGGGCAUUGUGUCGCCCGCGUUUCUGGGCUCGGAGCGGAUCAUGGGCUGGGAGCACACGUCCAUGCCACUGAACAACACCCAGCUGCCGAAGAUCGAGCGCCUGCUUGAGCAGAAACCUCUCGGACAUCCGCACGUAGCGCCGGCCUUCUUCACCGGCACUUUUGACCUCCCCUCCGACGUGGACGUCGACUCGCCCACUGACACAUUCCUGCGGCUGGACGGCUGGCACCGUGGAGUAGCCUUCGUCAACGGGUUUAACCUGGGCCGCUACUGGCCGGUGCAGGGUCCGCAGGUGACGCUGUACGUGCCUGGUGUGCUUCUGAAGGCGUCCAACCGGCUGACGCUGCUAGAGCUGGAGUCGGCGCCGUGCGACACCGCGGCGUCCUGCCAGGUGACCUUGACCGAUACAGCCGAGGUGAAUGGACCCACUCCGCACUAGGUUCAUACCUCGAUAUCGAUUCUGAUCAAUUAAUCAUUACCCCAGCCAACCGUCAACUGUCGCUUUGAUGUGCAUGUUUCAUGAUGCAAACUACAAAGAUGUUUGUAAUCAAGUAUAGCUCGAAGGCUUAUUUUCCUGAGCAAGUUAUUCAACAGCAGUUCACUGUGCAUUUCCAAGCCAAUAAGCGAAGCGAUCGCACGGCCCCGAUCAUGAAUCUAGGUCCUCCGAAGACUGGCGCGCUUACCCAAUCUAGGUCCUCCGAAGACUGGCGCGCUUACCCAAUCAGGAACCAUGACAAGCUUGCAUGGUUGAACGCAGAUGGGCUGUUGAAUGGGUCAUACGAAACGGAGCACGUUUUUCAGUUCUCGGGUUAUUUUAGAACACGUCAAUGAUCAUUUUCAUGCUGAUAAGCACUAAGUAAUUUCAGGGGCACAAUGGUGUAUGCACGGCGCCGAAGGCAAUGGCAUCGUGUGCCAACCUGCCAUCUUUUUAGCUGAAACUUGAUUGCAACAGCUGCAUCGGCAUCAAGUUGGUAUUAUCAGCGUCUUAUAGACAGUGUCUCAUUCGUUUCAUUGCUUGCUUAGAUGUAAAUAUGUCAAGCGACGACAGGGUCCCUACUGGAAAUCAACGACACCGAAGACGAUGACAGGGUGGUUGUACUUCCGGCAGCCAUGGUAUCGGCCUACAAGAAAGGACAUCUGAAUCGACUGCGACGUAAAUAUCACGUAUUGAAUGCGGUUGAAAAUAUUGCUCAUUAAAAACAAACAAUGAAUACAGCUGAAAACAUG